AUGCUGACGACACCACUCAUCAAAGAAGGAGAUGAGUCAGGAUACAGGUCCCUGGUAAACAACAUCCUCGUCUAUGGAGAGGAGAACGACCUCAUCCUGAACACAGACAAGACCAAGGAAAUUAUCCUGGACUUUAGGAAGAAUCCUCCCCCUCUACAGCCUCUUAUCAUCAGAGGGAGCGAGGUGGAGAGACCGGACAGCCACAGAUUUCUAGGACUGCAGGUUACAUCAGACCUGAGCUGGGCUCUUAACACAGAAGUCGCAGUGAAAAAAGCUCAGAGAAGGCUUUACUUCAUCAGGCUGCUCAGGAAAGCUGGUCUGAGCAGCCGCCCUCUCACCCAGGCCUACAGAGGACUAACAGAGAGCAUCCUCACCACGAGCAUCACUGUCUGCUACGGGAACACCACUCAGGCAGAGAGGAAGGCUCUGCAAAGAGUCAUUAAGACUGCAGAGGGUGUUGUUGGGACAAAACGUCCAUCCAUGGAAUCCCUGUAUGUGCAGCGCUGCCAGAGAGAGGGGAUCUGCAGAGACCCAGCCCACCCUGCUCACUCUCUGCUUAGACUCAAACGCUGCACGUACAACCUGAGACACAGCAGAGCGGACAAUCAGAUCUCCGAGCUGCUGAAGCCUCACAGAAUCUGUCUGGUGGUGCCUGUUCUUCUUCACCAGUCAUGUGGAAAAUCAGCCAACAGGUUUAUGGUACUGAGUCUGUGGAGAGGUUACCUGGUUCCAAACAAGCAACCACUUCGAGUGGAGAGCUCAUUCAGCUACCUGGAGAUUUCUUCCAUCAGAAUCCACAGCCUCACACAAAUUGUGUUGGAAACAGACAGGCAGAGUCUGUCGUUCAGCAUGCUGCAGGAUGAAGAUCUUGAAGCCGUGAUCAGCCACGUGACUGCGUCAUUGAAAAGAAUUUUCCCUGAUUCAUCACCAGGAAAGUUGUUGAAAACUGUUCCUCAAGACCUCCAGGAGAGACUCGUCACUCUGACCAGCGUGAUAGAGGAGCAGCUAAACAGUCAGCCUGCCCCCUGUGGAGGAUUUUCUGAUACCUACGCUGCUCUUUGUGAUUUUAAUGAAAUACCAUUCAGAGAAGAAAUUCAGUGGGAUGUUGACAACAUCUACUACAAACACAACUGGAGUACUUUCAACCUGCUGGACUUUAGCCACUUAGACAGUCGAGACUUGGCACUGGCAGUGGCAGCUUUGUCCUUCAACCAGUGGUUCACUACGAUCUACUGCAAAGACCUGAAACUGUCCAUUGAGGUCCAGCAGCAGCUGAUGUUCCUGCUGUCCAAGUCUUCAUGUCUCCAGGAGCUCUCAGUGGAGAACUGUGGACUGAAGCUGGACUUUGCAAUCAAAAUGACUGCUGCCCUUCAGGAGAACUCAUCAUCUCCUCUGCAGUCCAUCAACCUGUCAGGCAAUCCUAUUGAAGACAAAGAGGAAUCUGUUACUUCACAGUUUGACAUCAGAGGUAUGACGUUUUGA